UUUUUGUUCAAUUUUAUAUUUAUUUUUAUUUUACAUUCUAAACAUAGAAAUAAAAUAGUGGUUCUUUGAAAAAGACGAUACAUUUCCAACAGCAGGCCUUUAGCUAAAAUUAUAAGUUGCCUUUUUUCAAAAAGCAGUGAGGCAUUUGUGACUUUAAGUGAGUUUUAUUUUAGAGUAAAAAUAGCUAAAAGGGGGGGAAACGGUUGCCUAGCGCUAUGGACAGCGUGUUGGCUUUUACUUUGAAAGGCUGGAGGAAAUUAGCGGAAGUUGUCACUCUCCAUCGAAGAAACGGAAGAAAGUCGGAAAUGACCCAAUCAUCUCUAAUCUUGGACCAUGCUUGAAUGGAGGUGACCUUAGUUGUUACCAAAUUGUGAAGAAAGUUGUGCGGCGCAGUUGGACUUCCGGUCUCGGUUGAAUGAGAAACUUGUUCUGAGUGUUUUCUUUAAAGGAGCAGAAAGGCCUCCAGAGAUGGCAGAGGCACACCAGACACGCGUGCAGAAGGUGGUGGAAGAAAUGGUCCAAUCUCUGGAGAGGGACCACAUCCGCAUCAUGCAGGGACGCAUGUUCAAAUGCAGCGCAGACUGCUGCGGCAGAUCCUCUGACUCCAUGACUCAGGUGCAUCAGUGUAUCGAGAGGUGUCACACUCCUUUGGCCCAGGCGCAGGGGGUGGUCACCUCAGAGCUGGAGAAGUUUCAGGACCGUCUGACCAGAUGCACGAUGCACUGCAACGACAAGGCGAAGGAUCUGUUCGACUCCGGAUCGAAGGAGCCGGCCGUCCGAUCGCUCAUGGACCGCUGUGUGGGCAGCUGUGUGGACGACCACAUUAACCUGGUCCCUAGCAUGACCCGGAGGCUCAAGGAGAACCUGGACUCUAUACCGCAGUGAAGAGCAAGUAGUCUGGACUUGGUAGACGCCACGUUAGUGACCUGAGGAUUUCAGGACAACCACAAAAGAGCAGUUCAAAGACUUUGAUAGUUAUUGUGAGAUUUGUUACUAUAGCUUAAAGCUAGUGAUUUAAGUAAAUUCAGAAAUCCAUUGUCAUGUCACCAUGCAGUGGAGUGACGAUAGAUUUAUUUGAAACAGAUCUGACUUUUAUUUUAAACAGAGCAAUGUUCCCUCGUGUGCAUCUCAUGACGGAUUUUAUACACAGCUCUUCCUGGUCCUGCUACUCGCACUGUUUUGUUUUGUCUCAAUUAGUUCUCCAGUUUCUUGUGAUGGUGUCUGCUUCCACUGUUGUUUAUUUGUGUGAAAUAAAAUAACAAUCAAGGUUAUAA